AUGGGCGCCAUUCUAUGUGCCUUAACCCUCACUGAAAAGGCUACUAAGCAAUGCUAUCAAAACUGUGGGCGCUACAGAAAGCCGACCAGACUUCACAGGCCCGCUACUGUAUAUACCAACCUUGAAUGUAAUACCUAUGAUCUCCUGAGACGAAAGGAAGAGUUGAUUUGCGGCGAAUUGGCACCUGAAGCGAACAUCUUGUCAGCAGAAAAGGAUAGCAAUUGUCAUGAACUGGAGAGCCUCCUCAAAGCCCUGCAACGGUAUUACCGAGUGAACAAAGAAGCAAUCCAGAGAAUAUAUUCUGAGCGACAUCAUGCUAGUAUUAUCCAAAUCCGCUCCGAUAAGAAGCUUUACUUGGCAGCUAAGUCUUUCUGUCUGGAAAUGUUCUUCAAUUUGUGUUGUGCGGUCAAAAACGAUGAUUCAGAAUUGAAAACGCUCUUGGAUGAGACGUACUCAAAUGACACUAUAACAAAAUCGCGGUUCCAGCAAAUUUUCCGGGAUCUAGCAGAGCGAUCAGUGGUAUAUCGUUCUAGUAAUUCUGCUAAUCUUUUACUUUCACGAAUACACUUAAAUCGAAUGAUUAUUACCUCCGGUCGGGAUACAAUAUCAGCAGAGCGCACUAGGACAGAACUACGCUCUCAUUGCUUUUCUAAAGAAGCCUGUGGUGAGCCUGGGAACAAACUGAUCCUUUCCGCUGUUGAGCAACUUGGGCUCAGUGGAAAAGAUACCUUACUAGCAAAGGAUGCAUUGGGGCGUCUUCCACACCAUUUACACUGCAAUUUACGGCCUAUCGAUUAUCUGAACAUUCUGAACGAUCCUCUUGUCAUUGCGAUAAAAUAUCAGUACGACGACAUCGUUCACCUGCUGGUCAAGUAUCCUCUAGAUUUUCAUGGCGAAACUAGUCACGGAGAAACGGCUCUUUAUGUGGCGGCUCGCAGUGGACAUGAAAAAUACGCUAUCCCAGAGCCUGUACAUGGCUGGACUCCUCUAUUCAUUGCAUGCGUAGAGGGCCAUCAGGCUGUGGUAAAGCUUCUCUUGAAGGCGGGAGCCAAACAAAGCAUUAAUGACUAUGAUGGAUGGAUUGCAAAGGAGCAUGCGGCAUUAAGAGGGCAUAUAGCUUUGGCUGAGAUGCUUGAAUCAUUGGGCACAGAAGAUACACUUGGAGGGCCGGCUAGCCUAUCUACGAAGUCCAAUAUUCGAGUUGAUAUGCAUUUUCGAACGGAUUGUCACUAUGUAGUUGUCAAUCCGGGCGCCCUAGGAGCAGGAAAGCAGGUCAGUGCUGUUGAACUGUUAAAUCACUCUCUGGAGCCGAUGUACAUGUAUGCUGGCUUGUCAAUUGAGAUCUCAGUCUCAGAGGGGGCCUGUGCAAGCCAAUCUAUAGAACUCCCGUUCUUGACUGAAAUGGUUAACGAGCCUUUCGGUUUCCCAGUUACAAAUCCCGACAGUGCCUGGAUAUCUUUCAAGUUAUUCGAUACUACGUCUAUGAAAUCAAAGGGAUGUGAUCCUUUGGGAGGUGGUACUGCUCUGAUAGGAAGCCUCAGCGACUGUUUUGGAGAGAACCGUGAAAGUCUUAUUAGAGAGCGCACCAUUCCUAUUCUUAGGAAGGAUACACUGAGUGUUAUGGGCAAAGUCACUUUUACUUUCGUUAUCGCUAAGCCAAUAUUCCAUCAAGCUGGGUCCUUGGUAAAACCCCUUAACGCUGAAGGAGGCAUUCAACUAGUUGGCCACAGAGGUACCGAUAAAAAGUACCCCAGACUUCAUGAAGCAACAGAUGCAGGUGUAGCGCCCGUGGCUAUUGGAAUAAACACUUUCAUCGAUAAAGUAUUGGAGAAUCUGUUCUGUUCUGUUCUGAUGAGGGCCAGAAGCAUACAAUCCGCUGUUCAGUUUUCAAAACGGUGGAAUCUGUCUGGUAUUGUGUUUGCAUCCGAAGCGCUAGUAAUGUGUCCCAGGCUGGUCAGGUACGUUCAGCGAUCGGGGUUGAUUUGUGGAUCCUAUGGGUUUCAGAACAACAUACCAGAGAAUGCAAAGGCAUAUUUCAACCGCUCCUCAUUCGUUGCUUACAAUCUUCGCAGAACCCCGCGGUACCCCUCCAUCGCCAACAUGUCUUCCAAGUCGCAAUUGACCUACAGCGCACGUGCCAAUAAACACCCCAAUGCUUUAGUACAGAAACUAUUCGAGAUCGCUGAGGCCAAAAAGUCUAACGUCACCGUGUCGGCCGACGUGACAACCACCAAAGAGUUGCUGGAUUUGGCUGACCGACUCGGCCCGUACAUUGCUGUGAUCAAGACUCACAUCGAUAUCCUUUCCGACUUCAGCGAAGAAACUAUCACCGGCUUGAAGGCCCUCGCCGAGAAACACAAUUUCCUCAUCUUCGAAGACCGCAAGUUCAUCGAUAUCGGAAAUACAGUCCAGAAGCAGUACCAUGGUGGUGCCUUGCGUAUCUCUGAGUGGGCUCACAUUAUCAACUGCAGUGUCCUGCCUGGUGAGGGCAUCGUUGAAGCGCUUGCCCAGACUGCCGCGGCUGAAGACUUCCCCUACGGCUCCGAGAGGGGUCUUUUGAUCCUAGCUGAGAUGACGUCUAAGGGAUCUUUAGCUACCGGUCAAUAUACUACCUCCUCGGUUGAUUAUGCUCGGAAGUAUAAGAACUUUGUGAUGGGAUUUGUCUCGACCCGUCACCUGGGCGAGGUUAAGUCUGAGGUUAGUUCGCCGUCGGAUGAAGAGGACUUCGUUGUCUUCACGACAGGUGUCAAUCUUUCAUCGAAGGGUGAUAAGCUGGGACAGCAAUACCAGACUCCUGAGUCGGCCAUCGGACGCGGUGCGGACUUCAUCAUCGCCGGCCGAGGAAUCUACGCUGCCCCUGAUCCGGUAGAGGCGGCGCAACGGUACCAGAAGGAGGGAUGGGAUGCAUACCUGAAGCGUGUUGGUGCACAAUAA